AUGACUACACAUUGGUUUCAAACCAGUUAUUCUUUCAGGCAUGGAAGUGCGAAAUUGGAGUCGAAGAUUCUGGAGCUGCUAGGGAUCGAGCACCCGCGACCGUUGGUGAGUGGCAUAAAGGACGACAUUGCUUCGCGUUUCAUGGCUGAUUUAUAUCGGAAUAUGGAGCAUGAUAUGGAGCUCAGUCCCUCUUAUAAAUAUCUUGCUAGCGGUCAAUUAUUAUCGGCUGACGAGAAGGAGGCCAUCGAGCUGGGAGAGGCAGAUACGAUUGUUUCUUUUCUACCUCGAGAGCAGAAAACGGAAGCCGAUCACGGUACAAGUGUACGAUUUGACUUAGAUGAUGUACCCAUUCGAAGCCGACUGUUGCACGCUGAACUUCGUAUAUUUUUCAACGGAUCUAUGAAGCCGCUGCGUGUCUACGCUACGAUACCAUAUACGAGGUUCUUAAAUAACUUGGGCAAUUGGGCAAGAAAAACUAAAAAUCUGUCGAAAUAU